AUGUCAUUCAGGUUCGAGCUCAAUCUGACAGUGGGCGAUUACACACGAUGUCUGGAGCUGAAGCUGAUGCUGUCAGCAGCGACCGUGGCCUGCCCCCUAGAUAGGCCACUCAAUACGGCCCAUUUCUGCUCUGAAUGCAGACUCUUGAGACGGAAGCCACUCAGCUUCUGUCUGGGCCACGGCCUCAGGGAUGGCCCGCAGCGGCCUGCAGCGGCCGCUGGCUCGGUCAGCACGGCGCAGAGAAUCUGGUGCAGCGCGCCGAAACUCAUCGUUAAACCACCAUAUCUGCUAGAGUCGCAAGAACCUUCCGAUGCAGUGGCGCUCGCGGCAGCUAACGGCGAAUUGUCCAGAGGGGGGUGUUCGGGCAGGCUUCGGCUUGCGGACACCGAGCGGCUGCACAAGCUGGCCUUGGACGAAGCGACAACUGUGCGGUGGACGGGCAUCGCGUACGGGCUGCAGAAGCUGGCUGUGGACUACGAACCGGGCGGGCGCGUGGGUGUGAUUGACGUCUUCCACGCAGAGCCGCUACGGGUGGCGUCGCCGACACGCGAAGCGUGGGUAAGCCGGCAUCUCAGCCUCUGGCAGGACUUCUGCCGGACGGAGCCGCGCAUGCAUGAGGCCGGUGGUGGCCACUACACCAUACUUAGGCCCGACAGCGUUGCAUCGUUUGCCAAGACCCUAAGAGCGGCCUCGGAACCCCGUGGCAUGUGA